AUGACAGGAAACGAGACCGACAAGUGCUCCUGGCGCUUGUUCUACAAUGAAUUGAUCGAGUACAUCUGGAAGGUCGCACGCCCAAAGAACGAAGCCAUUGCUUGGGCAUUGAUGUAUGCCGCUUAUGAGACGGCGGUUAGGACAGACCCAAACACCACGAAAGCCUUGACCCGAUCUUAUAUCCAUCCCACAACUCGAACCGGGGGCGUUUACGUCAAGGACGAAACGCAUAUCACAGUGUCUGUGAAGAAUGCACAAACGGCCCAAUCGGGACAACACCAGUCAAGCCAUGGUUACACGCCAGACUUGAGAUCAUUCGAAGUGAAUAGGGUCAAGCCGAGCAAUGUCAUUAAAGGCGACAACGUAAAUGCGACGUGGCCAGCUUCGAUGGGAAUGCGACCGAAAGACACCUUCUCAGGACCACCUGGUCUUCUGGGGCCGAAAAAUGAAUUCAUCACUUGGCCUUCGGAGGAAACGGGUGAGUGA